CCCGCCCUCACCAUCGCUCCACGACCCACGACGCGUGAAUAUCUGUGAUAUCCGCCUCCCCACGCUUUAACGAUUCUGUCCCCUGCAACCCUCACUUUUGCUACAAUGGAGACCGCGCACAUGCCCGAGCACAUCCUCGACCACGCCAAGGCUCCGUCUUUCAUGGACGCCCCAGCAGCCAACUACUUCGAGACCUUGUCAGGCAUGGACACUUACCUGCAGUACCCGCAUUCGCCCUUUGGUGUCUCUGACAUGAGCCGUGAGUCGAUGAUCUGCACUGCAUCAUCAGCUGUGGAUCUGACGAUGACACAACCUACUCAGUGCCGCAGACGGGAUCUCCCCGUCUUGGAUACAACGCGCUCAACCUCACGAACGGCAUGAGCGAGUACACCUAUGGCCCAGGCCCUGCUUCCUUCGGUACCUCGCCCUCGCCAGGUCGUCCGUACACCCCGACGGGUUCCAUCUACCCUGGCGCUCUGUCGAACCUGAGUGCAGGAGAACUUAGUUCAGACAGUGUCUCGUCCAACCGCAGCCGCCGUGGCUCCGGUGCCGUCUCCCCACCUCCCGUACCGGCUGGUUCCCUCGCCGCCGUCCCGCGCUCCCACCGCUUCAACCCACUUGCCGGCGUUCCCACGCGCAGCUCGGCUCGCCAGGCGAAGAAGCGGGGUUCCAAGGGCUCCGACGACUUCGAUAGCGACAAUGAUGACGAUUUCAACCCGACGUCGUCGGCCAUGUCCAACGACAUGCGCCGCGAGGAGAUCCGUCGCCAGCGCAUCGAGUCUGAGCAGCGUCGCCGUGACGAGCUCCGUGAUGGCUACCGCAGGCUCAAGGACGCCCUCCCGGUGUCGAACCAGAAGUCAAGCAAGGUUUCCCUGCUCGAUCGCGCCACCACGCACAUCCGGUACCUCGAGAUGACCCAGCAGCAACUGCAGACCAGGUUGCAACAAGCAGAGUCUGAGACCGCUCGCCUGCGGCAGUAAGUAAUUGAUGAUCCUCGC